AUGGCGGCCAGCGUGCGGACCACUGUGCCCAGCCAGGCAGAAGAAGUGGCGGUAGCCCUCGCCAUCGCGGACCCCAGAACGAAGACUGUGUUGUGCAACUCGCGAACGGCAGUGCGCAACUGUGCGAAACAGCGAGUGUGCAGUGCGGCAGCGCGCAUCCUGCGAAAGGCCGAAGUCAACGGAGUCAUCACCAGUGCGGUGAUAAAGUGGUUUCCCGCCCACGCGGGCGCAGAAGUGGCGGGCUCGCUGGGGCUCACCAACCACAACGAGACGGCCAACUCCGUGGCGCGUGGACUCGCCGGCCGCGCCCCGGUAACGGCCGCCGCCGACGUGGUGGAUCGCCCCGAGAAGGACACCAUGGACGCUUACAACGAGGUAACCCUGUGGUACCGGUUAGCCAGAAGAACGAUGGCCCUGCCCCACCCCCGUCUGACGCGGGAGGAGGCGGUGGUAUUCCGCCAGUUACAGACUAACUCCGUGAUAACCCCAGUGUUAGCAAAGCACAUGUGGCCGGAGGUAUACGUAACAGACUUAUGCAGACUGUGCGGGAAGGAAAGGGCCACGUUGGCCCACAUCCUGGAAGACUGCGAAUGCGCGAACGCGGACAACAGUGCAGACGUUCUCCCGCCCCUCAUGGAGGAGGCGAAGAGAUCCGAAGACUACGACGUCCAACACACGGCCGUUCAGCAGAUCCUAGCGGCACUCGAGAAGCAGCGACCGGACGGGAUGGAAGCAGAAAGGGUUAACCCGAGUACGCUGAAGCCCGCCGCGAGCGGCUCUCCCCGCUAAGAAGACGUCCGGCCACGUC